AUGAAGACUGCUUUGAUGGUGGCUGAGAAACCCUCGUUAGCACAAAAUCUGGCUAAUAUUCUCAGCAAUGGAAAAUGUAGUACCAUAAAGGGUUCUAAUGGAGCCUGUUCUGUUCAUGAAUGGAAUGGAACCUUUAAAAAUGAAUCGGUUCGUUUCAAAAUGACUUCCGUUUGUGGGCAUGUGAUGACAUUGGAUUUCACAGGAAGAUAUAAUAAUUGGGACAAAGUGGAUCCUGUAGAGUUAUUUUCUUGCCCUACCGAGAAAAAAGAAGCAACGCCUCGGCUUAAAAUGCCUGCCUUUUUGGCUCAAGAAGCCAGAGGUUGUGACUACCUUAUAUUAUGGCUGGAUUGUGAUAAAGAGGGUGAAAAUAUUUGCUUCGAGGUGAUGAGUUGUGUUCAACCUUAUAUGAAGGGUGAUGUGACUUCACCAUUAGUGACAUUUCGAGCACAUUUUUCUGCCAUUACUGACAAAGAUAUUAAGGCAGCCAUGUUAAAUUUAGUAAGGCCUAAUGAGAAUGAGUCAAGAAGUGUAGAUGCGCGUCAAGAGUUGGACCUGCGUAUAGGAUGCUCUUUCACACGCUUUCAAACGAAAUAUUUCCAAGGCAGGUAUGGUAACCUGGACGCAUCCCUGAUUUCAUAUGGUCCAUGUCAAACUCCAACCCUGGGAUUCUGUGUGCAGCGUCACGACGAUAUUCAGACUUUUAAACCAGAAACCUUCUGGGUUCUGCGUGUGACCGCGAGCACUUCCGAGGGUCGGGAACUGCCAUUGGAGUGGAAGAGAGUGAGAUGUUUUGAGAAAGAAAUUGCAAACAUGUUUCUCCAUUGCAUAAAGGAGAUAAAGGAAGCCACAGUUGUAAACAUCCAAGCAAAGGAGAAGGUGAAAUCCAGACCUGUUGCUUUGAAUACAGUGGAGUUGAUGAGAGUUGCCAGCUCUGGGCUUGGUAUGGGACCGUACCAUGCCAUGCAGAUAGCAGAACGUCUCUACACUCAAGGCUACAUUUCUUACCCCCGUACGGAGACUACGAAUUAUCCAGAGAAUUUUGAUUUGAUGGGAACUCUUCGCCAGCAGCAGGGCUCCAACAAAUGGGGCGCCGAGGUCCGCGCCCUGAUCGCGAACGGCAUCAACAAACCGAAGAAGGGUCGUGACGUCGGUGACCAUCCCCCCAUCACGCCCAUGAGGCAUGCCUCGGAGUCGGAGCUUGAAGGCGAUAUGUGGCGAAUAUACGACUACGUCACUCGUCACUUCAUCGCGACUUUGUCGCGCGACUGCCGCUACACGUGCACCACGAUCACGUUCAACAUCGGCACGGAGACCUUCUCCUAUUCGGGGAACACCCUAGUGGACGCCGGGUACACGGAGAUCAUGCACUGGCAGGCGCUAGGAAAAGAUGAGUUUCUUCCAGUUCUCAACGUGGACGAUGUAUUGAAGGCGCACGACCAUAGACUGGUCGAGUGUCAGACCUCCCCGCCGGAUUACCUCACAGAGUCUGAGGUGAUCACGCUGAUGGAGAAGCACGGUAUAGGCACGGACGCAUCCAUCCCGGUGCACAUAAACAACAUAUGCCAGAGGAACUAUGUAUCUAUUGGCAGCGGUCGACGGCUGGUGCCAACCAAUCUCGGCAUAGUACUCGUCCACGGAUACCAGAAGAUAGACCCAGAAUUGGUUCUGCCUACCAUGCGCUCGGCGGUAGAGGAGCAGUUGAACCUGAUCGCUGCGGGCCGGGUAGAUUUCCACGCGGUGCUGGCCCACACCACGGAGGUGUUCCGCAGGAAGUUCCAGUACUUCGUGCGCUCCAUCGAGGCGAUGGACCACCUGUUCGAGGUGAACUUCUCGUCGCUGAAGGCGAGCGGGAAGGCGCUCUCGCGAUGCGGAAAGUGCAGGAGAUACAUGAGAUACAUUCAGGCGAAACCGGCGCGUCUCCAUUGCUCGCACUGCGACGACACGUACGCGCUGCCCCAGAACGGCACGGUCCGCAUCUACCGCGAGCUGAAGUGCCCGCUCGACGACUUCGAGCUGCUCUCCUGGUCGUCGGGCCACCGCGGCAAGAGCUUCCCACUCUGCCCCUACUGCUACAACCACCCGCCGUUCAGGGACAUGAAGAAGGGCUUCGGUUGCAACUCCUGCACGCACCCUACCUGCCCGUAUGGUGUGAACUCCACCGGGGUGUCGGGUUGUGUGGAGUGCGAGGCGGGCGUUCUGGUGCUUGACCCCUCCGCCCCCAAAUGGAAGCUGGCGUGCAACAGGUGCGACGUGAUCAUCAACAUAUUCGAGGACGCGACGCGCGUGUCCGUGUGCGAGCAGGCGUGCACCACGUGCGGCGCCCAGCUCGUGUGCGUCGAGUACCGCGCCGAGCGCACCCGCCUCCCCGCCGCCCUCACCGAGAUGACCGCCUGCCUCUACUGCGAGCCCAGCUUCUCCGCCCUCGUGGAGAAGCACCGUGCCGUCGCCUCGCGUGCGCAAGGGCCACGCGGUCGCGGCAGCCGUGUUCGCGCCACAAAGGGCCGCAACAAACAGCCCAAGGACAAGAUGGCGCAGCUCGCCGCCUACUUCGUA